UAAAGAUUUCAGAAAUCUUGGAUGAAUCUAUGCUUUCUCAGAAGAGGUUCCUAUUUGAAGAUGUGUCUGGAGUAAAUUGAACAAGAUAGAUAUUGAACUCUUUUCUUUAAGUGGAAAAUUUUAUGUAUGUUUAGAGGUAACAAAUUUUGAAGCAUGACGGAUACUCCGGUGUUCUCUAACCAAGACUUCAGAAGCAUACUCCGUGAAUAUAGAGCCGUGUAAUAGACAGUCGUCUGAAUAUGGUAUUUAAAAUGGAUUGUGGAUUUUCACAUAUUAAUUAACUAGGUAGAGAUUUUUCUUUUCCUAGAGGAUCCGGAGAAGAUUUUGGCAUCUGAAGUGCAUUAAUGACAGAGUUAUCUCUCAAACCAACGUUUUACUUAAGAGUUCAGGAGCCAGUGAUGAAACUAUGUUUUCUCAUAAACUGAACCAGAUGAUAUAACUCAUCUUUUUUAGUGGAAUAAAAGCCUUUGAUUUAGCUUAGCUUGAAUAAAAAUCUUUGAUUUCCUUAGCUCUCUCCUGUCUCGGCAAGAAAGCAAUGGCUGCGAUGCUUUAUUGGCUCACUAUUUGUCAUCUGCUUAUCUCCACAACCUCAUAUGCAAGUUGUGUUGCUUCUACAGAUACUUUGUUCCCAAAUCAAUUCCUUUUGGACGGCCAGACUUUAGUUUCGUCCAACCAAAGAUUUGAAAUGGGAUUUUUUAGUCCAUUUUUUGGAUACAGGUACCUGGGAUUGUGGUACAAGAAUUUGGGGCCCAAUGUAGUAUGGGUUGACAAUAGAUUCAAUCCACUUGGAAUUGGUGCAAGGCUUGUAAUCGAUAAAACGGGAUGCAUUUUUCUCCAAGAUUUUUUUAAAACCGUACGUAUUUUUAAGCCAAACCAGAAUGUUCCCAGGCCAGUUCUGCAGCUCCUGGAUUCAGGUAAUCUUGUGUUUGGAGAUUCUAGCAAUCUGACAGCUGGAGAGUACCUGUGGCAAAGCUUCGAUUACCCAGUUGAUACAUUGUUACCAGGAAUGAAGGUCGGUUGGGACCAGAAAACUGGUAUUAACCGAACCAUAAUUUCAGGUGAUUAUUUGUUCAAGUUAGAGUCAGGUGACUCAGGUCAGUCACCCCAACUUGUUCUUGUGACAAAACAGCAAACAGUUUCAAGGUGGGGUCCUUGGGAUGGACGAAAAUUCAGUGGCAGUGAUGCCCUCAUGGACAACGACAACUUCAGACCAAUAUUUAACUCCACCACUGAUGCGUGUUAUUUCACAUUCGAAGCCAAGGAUGACUCGACAUUGAAACUGUCACUGAAUCCAGAUGGUAAGAUACAGUUCCUCAGAUGGAAUAAUGCUACCAUGGUCUGGGCUGUAGUGGGGAUACUGAAUGAGGACAUAUGUGACCAGUAUACGACUUGUGGGCCUUAUGGGGUUUGUAUUGUUGAAGAUCCACCCUGCUUGUGUCCUGAUGGUUUCAUAGCAGCAUCACCAGGUGACUGGGACAAGAUGGAUUUUACCAAAGGAUGUAGGAGAAUCAUCCCACUUAACUAUACUGACAAAGACGUGUUUGUGAAGAAUCGUGGACUGAAGUUGCCUGAUAAUGCAACUUACUGGGGAAUGUUGUCCCCUGAGGAGUGUGGAGAGAAGUGCUUGAAUGAAAGAUCAUGUAUGGCUUAUACUAACGUCAAUAUUAACGGAAACAGCAGCAAGUGUCUCGUUUGGUUGGCUGAUUUACUUGAUAUGAGACGUCCACAGAAAUCUGGGAACGACAUUUUUAUACGGAUGGCGCACGGUAAACUAGAAGCACCUGUUUCCCAUGGGAGAGGGAAAACGAAAAGGAAACGGGAAUGGAUAGUAUUUGUUUCUUUAAUUUCAGUUGCGGCACUGCUUAUCUUGUCUACAUAUAAGGUUCUAUGUCAAGCAAUGAGGACAGAGGUGCUAGAUGAACCAGAGAUCAAUCAGCCGGGAAAUUCUCCAGGAGCUUUGCUGCAGGGCACGGAUGUCAUUGCAUAUGAUUCCAGUGCUCUAGCUGCAGCCACUAACAAUUUCUCGUUGGCUAAUAAGAUAGGGCAUGGUGGCUUUGGCAAUGUCUAUAAGGGGCUACUAGAGACUGGAAUAGAAAUAGCAGUGAAGAAGCAGGAUGUGACUUCACGUCAAGGAGUUAAAGAAUUUGAAAAUGAAGUCAACUUAAUAGCAAAGCUUCAGCAUCGUAACCUAACCAAGUUGUUGGGAUACUGCAUUCAUGGAGUAGAAAAAUUUCUUGUCUAUGAGUUUAUGGCAAAUAAUAGCCUAGACAAGGUCAUAUUUGAUCCUGCAAGAAGGGUUACAGUAACAUGGCCAACACGCUUUAACAUUAUCAAAGGAAUCGCAAAAGGAUUAGUUUACUUGCAUCACGACUCGAGGUUGACAAUACUCCACCGGGACUUAAAAGCCAGCAAUGUCUUGCUAGACAGAGAGAUGAUGCCCAAAAUAUCUGACUUUGGGUUGGCAAGGGUAUUCAAUGAUGAUGUUGAAGAAAAGACUCAGCAUGUAGUUGGAACGCGUGGUUAUAUGUCUCCUGAAUAUAUAGAAAAUGGACAUCAUUCAACAAAAUCAGAUGUGUUUAGUUUUGGAAUCUUGGUAUUGGAGAUUGUGAGUGGCCAAAGGAAUUGGGGUUAUCGGCACCCAAUCUAUGAUGUUGGCCUAGUAGGCUAUGCUUGGACAAUUUGGAAUGAUGGGAAGGCCAUAGAACUACUGGAUCCAGUGAUUGAAAAACCAGGUGAUUUGAAUGAAGUUUUAGCAUGCAUCCAUGUUGGCCUCUUGUGUUGUGAACGGCGUGCCCAAGACAGACCUUCAAUGAUUCAGGUGGUUUCCUUACUCGAGGAGAAUGAAAUGUCAAGGUUGAAUUUUGUGCCCCUCGAUCCUUACUUCUUGAAGGAGUUGAGUCACAGUGGCAGGAGUCGCGACAGUGUGAAUGGUUUCACUAUUACUGAAUCUACCGCAAGAUAAUGAUAAUGACCUAAUCUCAAGAGAUAAAUAUACAGAGAACAAACUCAGUCUUACUAGUAUAAUUUGAAACUAUGAACACGACAUUACUACUGGCAAACAACCGAAGAGGCUUAAGCCGAGCUUCCUAUUUUCGGAUCUUGCUAGUGGGAAUUCCAGGGCUAUUACUGUUGCUAGGAAAAGGAUCAUUUAUCAUCCUUUAUAAAAGUACUAAUGACCUUUUCUAACUCGGAAAUUAUGUUAUCUUGUUUAAUUUUCUGUUGCUUCAUGCCAUACAAGACAUUAGAGUUUUUCUAUAUAUAUUUAUCUUUUGAAACUACACUAGAAUGUGUAUACAUGCCAAAAUAUAGCCUGACACAUGGCAAAGUAGUAUUGGAAUACUUGGCAGGAGAAGAUGUAACGACAUGAGUUGACUCAUUUAAUUGGGAUGAAGAACUCCGGUGAUGACCGGAGCUAAUCUAUCAUAAGCAGUGGCACCGGUCAUUAAUGAAAGAGUAACAUUGCAUGACCAGCUGUGUAUGGAGCAGACGUUACAAUUUACCAUUAAACCAUAUUUAUUAGCCUUUAUUGCUAUUGAUUAG